AUGCAUGUAGGAGAAACAGUCGUAAGUAGGAUUAUGAACUCGCAAGAUCAAUCAUUGAGUCAGCAAGCUGCUUGGAUAGCAGCUGCCCAAGCAGUGCAACAGCAGACCGCUGCAGGUGGGGGAUAUUCGGGACCUUACGGAAUGAAUCAACAGCAGCAACAACAGCAGCAGCAACAGCAACAAUAUGCACAAUUUUAUGCACUGUACCAACAGCUACAGUACAACAAUACUGGUGGUGGCAUGCAGGGCCCCAUGGGAUCGUCUGCCUUUGGUGCCGCCAAUAGCAACAAGGGCGGUAACAAUGUCGGUGGAAACAUGAACAAUGCAUCGCCCGGGUUUUCUUCUGGUCCAAUGUCGGAUAACAGUAAUAGCGGUGGUAUGGGAUCACCUGGCAUUGGAAUGACAGGCAACAAGUUUUUCAGCUCUCCUCAGCAACAACAGAAUCAGCAGCAACAGCAGCAGCAACCCGGUAACGAUGCAAUGGGCUUUAAUAAGCAGGCUCCGAGUCAGUUCGGUCCUAUCCGUUUUAACAUAAACAAACACCCUCAAAGGGUAAGCCCGAUCGUUGCAAAUAAUCCGCUCGCACAAGCCAGCCAAAUACACGCUCAGCAACAACAGCAGCAUAUACAACAGCAGCAACAUCAACAGAUGAUGGCUGCUUUUCAGAACCAGAGCGGUGGUGCUGGUGGUAAGAAAAAGCGCAAGAAGAACAAAAACAAUGGUAUGAACAAUCAGCAGCAUGGUAACGGAAACACUGGUACAAUUUUCAUGAACGGCGGUGGGUCAACGGCCAAUAUUCCACCGCUAAUGCCAGCUGGUUCCCUUCCGGUAUCGCCCGGUAACGCAACCGCAAACUUUUCAACGCCUCCGCCCGAUCUAAGCAAACCUCCACCGCCGCUGCCUUCCGUGCCCGCAAUUCCCGGCGGAAUAGCACUGUUGUCCCAGCCACAGGCCCCAACGCCACCGGUCGCGGGUACGACAAAGAAACCUGAUCCUUUCCACAAUCCAACCGAUGAUUGGCCGCAAAGCUUGAACAAUUUCGUAGCAAGAUGUUACGCCAAAUGCAAGACGGAUUUCGAUAAGGAUCAGAUCGAUAUCUGUCUGAAGGGUCGAAUUACGGCCGCGGCUAACAAGGGUGAAUUGUGGACGAAAGACUGGGAUAACGAACCUGUGCCGAGCGUGCACAGCGAACGGAACCAACAGGUACUGUUGCCGAACAUGAACAGCAGCGUACUUGGUAUGUCUUCCAACAAAGGGAAAAUUGGUGGCAUCGCCCCAUACCAUAGCCCGUUGGGCAAUGUAAAGGGAGGGGGGCAACAGCCGCAGCAAUCCUUUGGUGGAAAAAAACAGUCACCAAACGCUGGUUUUUCGCCAUCGCUCGGUACGAGGCUUGGCGUGAAACCGGGAAAUUCUGGCACGACAAGAAAAAAUCGUCCUUCUCGUUCACGGUCCCGAUCGCCAAGUCGCUACAGUAGCAGCGGCAGUCGUAAUCGUCGCAGCCGGUCGUCUAGUGAUGAAUCACGAUCACCACGCCGCAAGAACCGUCGAUCCUCGAGCAGUAGCGAUAACGACAGUCGUACGGCAUACUCGAGCAAAUCCUCUGGCAAGGGCAACAACAAGCAGCAUCAGCAGCAACAGAAGCAUAAAAAUCAGAAAAAUCAGAACAACAAAAACCAGCAAAACCAACGAAACAAUAAGUCGCACGGUGGUUUUUACUCGGAACACGGCCAGAUUGGCGGUGCGGUGGAGGGUGAUUUGGAGCAGCUAAAGAAGCGUGCUGCUCGUUUCAACGGUCAAAGUGGAAAGAAAGUACCGCCGGUCGUGGCCUCGAACAUUGUGUCACCGUUCAAUGGCGCUGGCAAGAGGGACCGUAGACAAACCAUGCCAAUGGCAUCACGCAUUUUCAUUGACGAUGCAGGCGAUCGCGAUAAUGAUGACGACGAGGUAGAUCUGUUCGAUCUACAUAUCGUCGGAACGUGUCGAGAUCUGGAAAAGAGCUUUCUGCGUUUAACGAAAGCACCGGCACCAUCCGAAGUGCGUCCGGUGGAAGUAUUGCGCCAUUCGCUGCAGAACGUCAAGAAGAGAUGGGUCGAAAAGCAGGACUAUUUUUAUGCCUGCGAUCAGCUGAAAUCCAUCAGGCAGGAUUUAACGGUACAAGGUAUCCGAGAUGCAUUCACUGUGCAGGUAUACGAAACUCAUGCCCGUAUCGCCAUGGAGAAAGGUGACCAUGAAGAGUUUAACCAGUGUCAGACUCAACUCAAAAUGCUGUACACCGAUGUAGGUGGAGAAAAUCAUCUGGAGUUUACCGCGUACCGUGUCCUGUACUACAUUUUCACCAAAAAUACCUUAGAUUUGACCACCAUUCUCAAGUCUUUGACGGCAGUGGAUAAGGAGAGUGACAUAGUUGGGUUCGCGCUCCGACUUCGAUCUGCUUGGGCGUUGAGUAAUUAUAGCACUUUCUUCAAGCUCUAUCGAGAAGCGCCAUUGAUGGCGGGUUAUUUAAUUGAUUGGUUCAUCGAGCGUGAACGCAAACUAGCACUCAAAUCCAUAAUUAAAGCGUACGUAUGCAAAAACGGGAAUCCUGGGAAUUGGGGGGUGGGGAGCGGGAUUAGGAAAACAUGGUGUGGGUGAGAUUUUCAGGUGCUGCCUCGGUUUGAUUUUGUCUUGCUUGACGGAAUAGCUGAUUUCUGGUUUGUGAUCAUCGCGGCCUAUGUAACAACUGCGGAAGUUGUGGAACGAUCAUCAUCCAUGUAUCUGCAUAACAUUUUUUUCAGUCGUUUUACCAUUUAUUUCCCUCUCAUAAAAGCGUUUAGCCAAAUAAUGCAUUUAACGAUUUCAAUUGUGUUUAGUUAUCGUCCCAAUAUUCCGGUGGAAAUGGUCAGCCAAACGUUGGCUUUCGACAGCGAGCAAAAAUGUUGCGAGUGGUUAGAGUCAUUAGAAAUUAUCAUGGCAACUGUACCUGUGCCCGCGGCCAAACCAGCACCAGCGGAGGGAUCUGCGGAUACGACGGCGGAGAUGAUGAAUUUGGCUGGUGCUGCUACAACGGUUGCUGCUGCAGCGGAUUACAAAAGUGUAACAAGUGCUAUGAGAAAAGUGAUCGACUGCAAGUUAUGCAUGAACGUGCUGGCCAAUUUCUAG